GAACAGAAAUGUGGUUCUGAUGAAACUUGUAUGUAGUGGAUGUAACCUACUGGCUGGAAAAACUAUAACCAGAACAAUUAUCAGUGCUUCAGUAUUAUUAAAAACAAAUACCAGGUGGCAUCUGUCCUGGCUACGAGUCUCUUUGUUCUUUUAGUUAAUGACCCAAACGAUGAAGAAUAUAUUUAUUACACUUGCAGAGGACACAAACCAAGGAGGGACCAAGCUCUUGGCCAACCAUUUUGUGGACCAAGAUGAGAAUUCAAAAGGCACAGACAAGCUGAAGGAGCACCACAGGGAAAACCAGAAUGAGAUUCAGCGGGGAGAAGUACAACGCCAUGAGGAAUAACCGCAAACCAAUUUAUAAUGCACAUGGUCACCCGGUAUUUUCCCCUUGGCCCCACUUUUCAUAUAGACAGCGGCAAGGAGCUGCUUUUUUAUGCUGCUGCUUCACAGUGCCACCGCUCGGCAUUUCAUCUGGGAGGGCCUUGGUCUGUUCCACCAAGGUCCGGAGCCUCAGCACUUCUCUCACGGCAAAAUGCUCCAUCUCCAGCAAGCUCUCAGCUCUCCCCGGGGCCUCCUGGGUCCGCCGGGGCUCCAGGCCUCCCGGGUUGGGCAGGGGCCGGGGCACCGGCCGAGCGGGGAGAAGCCCGGCGCGGCGCAGGGGGCGGGCCGCGGCGCGGCGAAACGGCGCCAUCUCAGCGCGCCCGGGGCGGGGAGGCGGCGGGCGGCAUGGGGGCUCUCGCCUGGCGUUGGGCGCUGCGCGCCGCUCGCUUCCCCGUCGGCAGCGGGAGGGCUCUAACGGCGCCGGCGCGCCACCCGGGCUGUGGGCCCGCCGCUGGCGCCGCUCCGUUUGCCGAUUCCGCGUCCUCAAGCUCCAGGGAUGAAGCUCUGAGGGACAAACGUGCCCAGAUCCUGUCGCGUGGGCUGCCGAAACAGAAGCCCAUAGAAGGAGUUAAGCAGGUGGUUGUCUUGGCUUCUGGAAAAGGGGGAGUUGGAAAAUCAACAACAGCAGUAAAUAUAGCCCUCGCCCUAGCAGCAAAUGAUUCGACAAAAGAAGUUGGUUUACUUGAUGCAGACAUAUAUGGACCUUCAAUUCCAAAGAUGAUGAACUUAAAAGGAAACCCAGAAGUAACACCAAAAAAUCUAAUGAGGCCCCUUAAGAAUUAUGGAAUCGCAUGCAUGUCUAUGGGUUUCUUGAUAGAAGAGACUGCCCCAGUUGUGUGGAGAGGGCUCAUGGUAAUGUCAGCUGUUGAGAAAUUGUUGAGACAGGUUGACUGGGGUCAAUUGGACUACCUGGUAAUUGACAUGCCACCUGGGACUGGAGAUGUACAGCUGUCAGUCUCACAGAAUGUUCCAAUUGCAGGAGCUGUGAUCAUCUCCACUCCACAAGAUGUGGCUUUAUUGGAUGCACGCAAAGGAGCUGAAAUGUUUAGAAAAGUCCAUGUGCCUGUUUUAGGACUGGUUCAAAAUAUGAGUGUUUUCCAGUGUCCCAAGUGUAAGCAUGAGACACACAUUUUCGGAGCUGACGGUGUAAGAAAUCUAGCAAAAACCCUCGGAUUGGAUAUUUUAGGAGACAUUCCACUGCAUGUUAAUAUACGGGAGACAUGUGAUUCAGGACAGCCAGUUGUGAUCUCACAGCCUGAAAGUGAUGCUGCUAAAGCCUAUCUAAAGAUAGCUAUGGAAAUAGUAAGACGACUGCCAGUACCUCCUGCUUGAAGUGUUUAUCGCUGAAACUUACCAAAAAGCGGUCUUUUAGUGCGACCAAUGCAGAAGAGUUCUGCUACCUAAUUUUGUGGAUGUCAUAUUUUAGUUCUAUGAACUUUUUUAGGAGUUAAUUUACCAGAGGUUAAAUUAUGAUUGUGAUAUUUACUGUUUUUUUCAAAUCAUUGUUUGGCCAUGUCCAGAUGGAUUGAAGUAUGCAAAAGGUGAUAGACAAUAUUUAACUGCUGGAUUGUAACAUCGUCAAGCGAACAAGGAUGAAGUACUUUUUUCACAUGUGUCCUGUUUUAAGGCCAAGAAUGAACAACCGCCACUCCAGCCAAGCAGAAUGAUGAGAGGGAUAAGUUCUCCUUAAAAAUUGACAUUUGCAAUACUCUAAUUUCUGUCAAUUUGGGUUCAGCUUUUUACUUGGUUAACUAUCAAGCUGACAUUAAGUUCUGCAUAUUUUUAAGAAGCAAAUUCAGUUAUGUAACUGCAAUACUUUUGUGUGUUCAUCUCAAAAGAAAAUUAAAAAAAAUUCCACGUAUACUCUGAAGAGUUCUUGUGAUGGAUCAUGAGCAAAUUCAUUCAUUAUUGGAUAACGUUCGAUCAGGAGGCAAUUCACAGUUUAGUGGAGAAUGGAUUACAUGACCCCGAGGCUUAUUUCUUGACUUCUUUGCAUUAUAAUGGACCCAGAUAGAAGACUAGGUAACCAAGGUCUUCACUGAAAACCAGAUGUGGUGCCUGAGCUCAGUUUGCCAGGGGAUGCAAAUGAUCAAGAUAAAUUAAAUUUAUGAUUGCAUAUUCCUAUUACUGUGCAACAAAUUGGAAUUUGAAUGUAAAGAUAUAUUUUUGAAGUAAAGAAAAACUUGGUCUUCAAA